CAUCAAACGUAAACAAACUCUCAUGAACUUUACAGCCUCUGCUUUAGGAUCUUUACUGGAUUAGCCUUUACGAUGCCUCCAGUACGUGUUAAGUACGUCAUUUCAUUCACCUCACAGGCUCCCAAGAACACAGUGGAAGACUUGGUGAAGGGCCGAGGAUCUUGGCUCUGUGAUGCGAGUGACAGGACGGGACGCUUGCAGGCAGAUAUCCAAUUAGAACGAGCUACCACAAUAUCUUAUAUUGACCUUGGAAAUGCUGGGAGUGUAAUGGUAAGCAUUGAAGUAGGUCGUUCUUCAUGGCCUUCAGAUAAGCCCUUCAUGGCAUUACUGCCUACAGUAGCAUUGAUGACCCCAGCAGAAUGGCGUGCAGGCAAGAAUUCAAAGACAGUCCGCAUGUUCAAGAAAGAGGAUUUAGAUCAGGAUGCAGUCAAACAAAAGUGGGAUCGUGUUAGAAUUAUAUGCACUCAGCCAUUUCGAAAAGAUGCACAGUUUGGACUGGCUCUAUUCUGCCUCCACACCACUGAUGAGAGUCAUGUGCAGGAUGAAGUGUCAGCAUUUAACCCACAACAUGUUCCACCUCAUGGGACACAGUCUGACAUGAAGAAAGAAGAACUUGUUUCAAGAAUGAAUCUCCCAACUGUAAAGAAGAAAGUUAUGUCUCAAAGCAUAGGUUGGCUUGAGAAUAAAGUGCUGACAAAUGGUGAAGAAGCAAAUGCUAGUAAUCCCUUCACUUCCCCGGUCUCUCGAGCAGCUCGUCUUGUGGUCAUGGCAACAAAGCCAGCAAGUAAGGAGAGUGUGGCUUCCCACAAGGCCAGUCUGGAAUGUGAAGCUCUGGACUUCCUUAUAUCUCUUAAUUUGAAUAUUCAGGAAAUCAAUUCUUUAAAAGUAUCUGGUGUUCGUCAGCAGUUUGAACAGCAUAGGCAGAAAGUGUUAAACCAUGAUGAAAAAAUUAUAUUUAAAGAUAUUGCUUUGGAUUAUGCUAAGAAUAGAUUAGAAAGUCUAGAAAAGAAGGUUGAAAAGUCCAUAGAAAGUGAUACUUGGAAGAACAAAAGUACAUCAACAAAGCAACAGAAACAUUUAAAAAAAGAAAAAGAAAAUAAGUUCAAAGGUAACAUUCCAAAACAGAACAUGAGCAAAAACAGUGAUGAAGAGAAGAGAAAAACAUUAGCUGCCAUGAGCAAACAAAUAAACAAGCCAGUUAAUCUCCCUGUACAGAAGAGUUCUCAUGGAAAAUUUACAUUUAAAAAGAUAGAGGCUCCUGGAAGUUCUCUAGCAUUACUGAAGAAGUCACCAGUCAGCAGAAAAGAACAACGAAAGAGUGAUAAUGACCUUAAAACUCAGUCGCCCUCAGGUUUGUCUCGUAAUGAGCUGGCUCUCUCUGAUGCCAAAGUUACCACUACCAAAAGUUCAAGGGGCCGGCCUAAGAAGUCAGUCACCCCAAAGAUGAGAGACGGCAAACAGCCAACAGUAAACACAUGGAUAACACCCGUGGCCAAAAGAAAGAGAGAAGAGUCUCACUUCUCUGAUUCAGCUCAAGCUUCUCAGAAAUUUUCAAAGGAGUUAGAUGACAUAAGCAGCGGCCUCAUUUGGACUGACAGUGAUGAUGAUGAUGAUGUGAAAGGUAAGAAGCAAGGAGGAGGAUUUAUGGAUGACGCUUCAUUAGUGUUUCCUAGACACACACAGUCUGGUAAUGUCUUGGGCACUGUCCCAUCUGACAAGUUUGGAGUGACACAGGCCAGGAAAAAGUCGAGAGGAGGUAGCUCAGACCACACCCAAUCUGCAGUUUCAAGCAAUAGCCACUCUUCAACAAUGAUGGAGUGCCCAUUGUGUUCAGGUUUCUUCCCUCCAUCAAAGAUCCAGUCACAUGCUUCUUCAUGUGGUAUUGUGAUAUCCUCAGAUUCUGACUCAGAUUCUGACUGUGGAUAUAGAAGAAGCAGUGGCAAUGAACAAAAUAAGCAGAGAGGCAGCCUGGAAGAGUGUCCUGUAUGUGGUGAAUUCAUCAACAGUUUGGACCUGCAAGAACAUGCAGCAGAAUGUGCCAGUACGACAUUUGGUUGAAAAAGAUUCAACUCUAAAAUUUUUUAUAUUUUUUUAUUGUAAAAUUUAUGUUCAAUAUUAAAAGAGAAGAAUAUGUAACUCAAAAUGAAUAUCAGCAUUUUGUGUGAUGAAGAUUUAGAAUUUAUACUAUGUACUGUAUGAGUUACACUUCUAAAGAAAAUAUUGAAAAAAAAAUUUAAAACGAGAAACAUUUUAUGAAUACAUAUUUAUAUUAUUUACAUAAUGAAAUGACUUGCAUGUAACCUGUAAAGUUUUAAGUAAACAUUUUAUGAGUGUU